GGCACCUUUCCAAGAUGGCAGCCAACAGUAGCAGCACGGUUAGCAAACCCAGCAACAGUACCGGGGGGAAACAGUCAGGGCCGUCGGCCGAGCAGGUCGUGGCUGCAUUCCAGAGGAUGCGCUCGGAGCAGCGCAGCAUGGCCUCCAAGGCUGCAGAGUUGGAGAUGGAGAUCAAUGAGCAUAGCCUAGUCAUUGAGACCCUAAAAGACGUAGACCCAACAAGGAAGUGCUUCCGGCUGGUGGGUGGGGUGCUCGUGGAGAGGACGGUUAAAGAAGUCUUACCAGCUCUGGAAAGCAAUAAAGAACAGAUCUCAAAGAUUGUAGAAUCCCUCAACACACAGAUGCAGUCGAAAGGCCGGGAGCUCACAGAGUACCGGGAAAAAUACAACAUCCGAUUGGUGGGAGAAGGGGAGGAAGGCCAGGGCAAAUCUGCAGCGUCCUCCAAUGGGGGCGAAGGGAGCGCGUCUAAAGGCGGUGCCGGCGUUCUAGUUUCGUAGCUUUGUGAAAAGGCUUUAGUAAAAUAUGAAAUUGUGCAGAAUGCCAUCAAGCAUCGAGUCAGCACAGAACCCUGAAAGGCAUUUCAAGGGCCCGAGUUUUACGUACGUCUUGCAUGAAGGUUAUAAAGCAAUGUUACAAUUGAGAUAAAAAAAUGAAGCCAUGUGUUAUUGAAUCAUUUUCACCUAUAGUUAAACAAAACUUAAGCCAACAAUUUACUUACUCGGGUUUAUUUUCUCUUCAGACAUGAACAAGCCUUUCGCCUUUUACUCGAGGCAGUGUUUCAUCGAAAUAUUACGGGAUGAUAGUUGUAUUAAACAACAUGCCUUCUUGAUGACCAUAUAUUGUCUGUCACGUUUAUUAACUAUCAUAUUUCAAUGUACAUUAUGAUCAUAUUGUUGGCGUUUUGUCUUUGAGAGGUUUGUCUCUGGCAUGCCAUAGAACACCACAUUUAAAAGGAAUGACAAUCUGAUUGGGAAAGCACUGUUCAACACAACACACUGCAUCAUUUUGAUCUGUUUUGGAAAGAAACCUAAUAUACACUGCUCAAAAAAAUAAAGGGAGCACUU